CUCUCUCCCGGUGGCGCCGGAACACCGCCGGGGCCAUCAUCGUGACGUCGAUCUACGCCAACAACUUCGCCGCCAUCACCACCAACUCUCUCACCUCUAUGCAGCGGUUGUACAAUUUGGACUUCAAAUUCUUGAACACAAUGAUGAGUUACGAGGCACUCAGGUAUCUUCUGCAAUGGACAAAGAAGCUGAUGCUCCCAGUUCCGAUGAUGGGUAGCUGGUCGCUAUAUGUUUUGGAUGUCGAAGAAAGGGCAUUGUUAGUCAUGGACCCAUGCGAGACUUCAGAGCCGAUACAAGAGAUGCAGUACAGGCAUGAAGACAAUGCAAACUUCAUCCUAGCAGGACUUCAUCGGUGCAUACACAAGAACAUCCCUGGGUGGCAUGUGCCGGCUAAGGGCUUGAGAAUCAAUUACAAUGUGGGCAUGCAUGAUAGCUGCAAGAUGGAGGAUAGUUGGCUGCACAUUGUGAACUACUUCAGUGAGUACACCAGGCUAUAUCUUCAGACACAACUAACUCCUGCGCAGCUGACCUAUAUGCGCCAUCAAUUGCAUAUGAGGUUAUGUCCAUGAGGGGGAACAUGGGUGAGCUGCCAGAUUUCAUGGUCGAGGAGGUGCUGCCAUUCUAAGGUGGCAUGAGAGGGGGCAGAUCAUUUUGGGCGGAAAUCAUGCAAGCCAGUCAUAAGAAUGUUCGGUUGCACAAACUUGCGAGGAGGUGGAUCUGGGGAUGUUAGUUGCCAUCCCGCACAUAUGUGGUGUGGUAAUGGUUCCCAUAUUUUGCUAUCAAUAUAAAACUGAAGCCGAAACGUGAAGCAAUUUAGCUUGCACCCCAUGCACUUGGUGUGCAAGUGAUUGUGGAUCAUCGUCGCUGCCAUCUAUUAUUUAGUGAGCGAGUGAUAGCAAAAUAGGCAUGAAGUCCUAUUGAUUAUGUAAUG